AUGCAAAUUAAAAGUGCACUUUUGUUUAUACUUGUAGUUUAAUCAUGGCAAUAGGAAUAAAAUAUAUGUGUUUGUGGUCAUUUAAGCAAUUAAGAAUAGUGUGCUAAGUCAACAAUUUGUUAAUGGGAUGGCUAUUUUUGUGUUUUAAAAGAAGCUACUUAUAUUACAACAUAAAGUCAAUUAGAUCCAUCAAAUUGUAAAAUAUAUCCAUAAGAGAAGUGUAACACGUUAGAAAAAUGUGGAUUUUACUUAAAUAUGUGUACUGAAUUUAAGGAUUGUAGCAUAUUUUAGAAAGAUUAAUGUUCUGAAUCUUCAUACAAAUGUGUGAGUGAUGGGGAAAAAUGUGUUGAAGUAAAAGAAUGUGAAGAUUAUAUUACAAAUACAGCCUGUUAAAAUAAAAACAUUCGCAAUUAAUAUUGUGGUUGGAAUAUAUCAAAUACACCAUAUUGUCAAGAGGUCAAAGAUUGUAAAUUUUUACCUGAAUACUUUAAAUCAGAUUAAGAAUGUAGAUAAGCUCUUUCUUAUUGUACAGUAAGCCAAAAAUAUUUUGGGUGUUAAGAAAGUGCAGAAAAUUGUGAUGAUCAUUUGAUUGAAAAUUAAUGUAUUACUAAUAGAUCUCAAACAAUUAAAUGUUAUUGGAAUCCAAUAACAUAAUUAUGUAAAGAAUUGAAAUGUGAAAAUAUUACUGGCUAUACAGAUUAAAGUUGUAGGAAUAUAUUACCUUAAUGUACAACAAAUGGUUUAACUUGUACAGAUCGUAAAAGGUGUGAGGAUGCUAAAAGUAUUGAGGGAUGUAUAACAGAUGAAAACAAUAAGAAAUGUGCUUAUUCUAAAAAAGCAUGUAUGAUUAAAACUUGUUCUACUGCCUCUUAAGAAUAUUCAAAUUAUUUUCUUUGUUAAGGGUAUGAUGAUUAAUUAGAUUGUGUAAGUGUUAAAGGAGGUGGUUGUAAAAAGAGACCUAAUGAAUGUAUAGAUUUUGAAUAAUAACUUGAUUGUGAUUUAUAAGAAUCUUUGGGAUGUAUUUGGUAUGAUGAUAAAUGUUUGGUUAGAUAAUGUUCUUAUGCUCCUAUGAAGUAUACUUAAAAGGAAUGUUAAUAAUUUGGUGAAUGUAUUGGUAAAACAGGAGGUGGUUGUUAAGAUUGGCCAGAAGCAUGUGAAUUGAUAUUAGAAUAGGAAUUUUGUGAAUUUGAUAAGGCUGGAAAUUGGUGUAGAUGGUCUGAUGGUAAGUGUUUAUAAUUAAUAUGUACUAAUUUUAGAUAUCCAAAAUAUGAUUCUCAUACAAAAUGUCAAGAUUUAAGUAAGAAAUGUACAUAUAGUGCUUAAUAUGGAAGUUGUGUUGAUUAUUUAUGUGAAACAAAUACUGAUGAUAUGCCUUGUUUAAAAGAUUAUAAUGGUAAUAAAUGUAUAAAAAGAUUUGGAUGUACAGAUAAACUAUGUUCAAAAGCUCCAGUUGUUUUAAAUACAAAUGCUUUAUGUGAAGAUUGGUUACCUGAAUGUACAGUAAAUGUAUUGUUUUUUGGAAAAACUAAAAAUGUUAAAGGAUGUACAAAGAAGAAGGCAUCAUGUGGAGAGUAUUAUGUAGAAUAAUGUUUUACUACAAAUACAAAGGAAAAAUGUAAAUGGUAAACCAAUAAAUGUGUUCCUAAAUAAUGUAUUGAUGCAGAAAUAACAAUUAUAACUAAUGAGGAUUGUCUUAAUUACAAACCUAAAGGAACAACAGUCCCUUGCAUUUUAAAAGUUACUGGAGCUGGCUGUUAAGAUUGGCCUACAUUAUGUAGUAGUCUUGGAAAUUAAAUUCAAUGUGAUUAUGGAUUAUAUAAUGGUACAAAAUGUUAUUGGAAUGGAAGUAUGUGUAAAGAUAGAUCUUGUAGUAAUGCUAUUGCAUCUAUUAAUACUAAUAUCCUAUGCAAUCAAUUUAAUCCUUCUUGUAUAUUAGAUACAGAUUCACUUGGUUGCAGAGUUAGACCUACUAAUUUACUUUGUUCUGAUGCUCCUGACUCACCACUUUAUGAUUCUCAUGAAAAAUGUUAUGCAUGGAAUAAUUAAUGCACUGUUUAACCAAUUGUAGGUUGCUAUUAAAAAUAAGCCUUAUGUUCUAGUUAUUUCAUUAAUUAGUGCACUUAUACUAUAACAGGAUAAAAAUGUAAGUGGGAACCUAAUUAAUGUAGUGAUUUGAAUUGUGAAUUGAGAUAAGUUAGUGGUUCAGUAUAAAAUAGCCAUUGUGAGGCUUAUGAUAUUAAUUGCACUGUUCAAAUUCCAAGUACUUGUAUACCAUUAAAAUCAAAUUGUUCUCAAUAUACUGAAGAAUAAUCUUGUGUUAUAAAUUCAUCCUUCGAAGAUUGUUUAUGGAAUAAACCAUCAAGCAUAUGCUUUGAAGUCACUUGUGAAACAAAUACAUCGGCUUUGACUGAAUCCGAAUGUUUUCGUUAAAAGUAAGGGUUUAAGUGCUAAUUAAAAAUGAAUUCUAAUGGAAGCAGUAGUACUGGUUGUGAGACUAGAAAGACUAGUUGUAAUGGGUUACCUUAGGGAGUUUGUAAUAAAACAAUAUUAUAAAAUGGAACAAGAUGUUAUUUUUAUUCUUCAUCUUGUACAUAUUUAAGUAGUGAAAAUUGUGGUGCAAUCCAAACAGGAGGUUACUAAUUACAUCACAUUUGCUAGUAUUAUGCUUCAAAUUGCAUCGGAGAUUUGACAAAUGCAUAUAAUAAAUGUUAGCAUAGAUAUUAUUGUGGGUACUAUAAUAACACAUUAUGUAAUCAUAUGAUAGCAUAAUAUAACGAAUGUGUAAUUGACCCAUAUUAUAAUUAUUGUAGAGAUAAACUUGAUUGUUAUAGUUAUCCAGAGAAUUAAUGUUCUUGGAAUAGUUUAAAUGUUCGUUGUUAUUGGACAUCAUAUUAUUGUUCAUAGAGAGAUUGCAGCUAUUUUUCAGCUAGUUCAGACAGUAGUUGCCUAAGUUAAUCAAAAAUUUGUAAAUAUAAUAGUGGUUCAUCAUAUUGUUCUUUUAUAUAUUCUUGUUCUGAUGUUGAAAAUAGAGGAUCUACUGAUUGUGCAAAUACUGUAACAUAUUAUGGUGAACGAUGCUACCAUACUGGUAGUAUAUGCAGGUAUCGAGAUUGCGCUGAUAGAUAUGGAUAUUCUAAUCUUGAUUGUUAUAGUUGGAAGAGAAAUUGCAUAUUAGUUGGUGGUUCCUCUUCGUAUUGUCAAUCUACAUCCUGUGAAGGAUACUGGGAUAUCUAUUAAUGUUUAAGAAACAAUUGUCAAUGGUAAUAUAAUUAUGGCUGUAUUUCACAUAUACGCUGUGAUUAUAAUAAUACUGCAAUUCUUAACUAUGAUUGUGAACUAUUAAGUCCAAUUUGUAGGUUGAAUUACAGAAAAAAUUAGGGUUGUGCAUAUAGGUCUUGUGCAGAUAUUACUAAUUCAUCAAUUUGUAAUAUAGCCCUUAACUAUCAUUCAGUUUAUUGCACUUAUUCUUCAAGUUGUAUACAUAUGACUUGUAGUUAAAUUACAGAUUAAACAAAAUGUGUAAAUGCAUAUGCAUAUUUUAAUUCGGCUCAAACUUAUGUAGCUAAAUGUUAUUGGUGUGGAACUAGUUGUGCUUUCACAAAUUUAUGUAAUAUAACCAGUAGUAUUACCCCACAUUAGAAUUGCCAUUUUAAUAAUCCAGCAUAAACUGUUGCUUCAGAUACUUUUAAAUGCUCUUUAAAAAAAUAAAAUUGUAGUGACUAUACCUAUUAUAGAUAAUGUGAAUAUACAAUUUCUGGAUAGAAAUGCUAUUGGGAUAAAAAUCAAACCUAAAGUUGCAUUGAUUAUUGUCUAACUAAAUCUUAAGCUGGUUUAACUAAUGCUCAAUGUUAGACAUAUCAUAGUCAAUGUGUAGCUAAUUCCACUUCAGAUAAAUGUAUAUUCCUAGUCUGUUCAAAUUAUACUACUGAUUUGACUUGUAAUAAUUUAACAAAUUUAUGUAUGUGGGACCCUAUUGAUUCGAUAUGUGUGAAAUAUGAAACUUAUUUAUAUUGUCAUAGAUUUGGUAUAGAGGCAGAUUGUAAUUCUGGUUUAAACAGUAGUAAUAAUGGAUGUUUAUGGAAUUCAACAAAUUCAAAAUGUGAAGAUAGAACAUGUUCUAAUUAUGUUGGUAUACCAACUAGUUUAGUAGAUUGUGAUAAUUGGUUAAAAAAUUGUUAAUUUGAUUCCACAAAUAAUGUUUGUAUAGCUGAUUGUCAAAGUGCCCCAAAAUCAAAAUAAUAUGAUACCAUAACAGAAUGUGAGUAAUAUUAUUAAGAUAAAUCUUGUACAAUUGUUCCUGGAGUCAAAAAAUGUCAAUCAUUAUUUGAUGAUUGUACUUUAUAUUUGAUAGAUUAAAUGUGCUAAUUUGAUAGUUCUUAUAAUGUUUGUUAUUGGAGUAUUGAAUAAACUAAAUGUUUUACAUUAAAUAAUUGUCUUGUAUUAGAUUCAAUUAAUGAUACUCAUUUAAAAUGUAAUCAAUUAUGGAAAAAUUGUACUGUGAAUUCUACAGCAACAGGAUGCAUUGAAUUAGAUGAUUGUGCCAAUUAUACAGUAUAAACUUAGUGUUUUAUUGAUAAAAAUUAGAAUAAUUGUGAAUGGUUUUUAGGUGUAUGCUAAAAUAAAACUUGUAACACUGCUACUCUAGGUCUAUACACCCCAGCUGAUUGUCAAGCAUAUUUUCCAACAUCAUUAUGUACAAGCAAUAACGAUUCUAAUGCAUGUUUUGAAGGUCAUAAUGUUUGCAAGAAAUAUACUUAAGAUGCUUGUAGUCUACCAGGAUAAGUUAAUAGUUCAGGAGUACCUUGUUUUUGGGAUUUAGAUUAAUCAAGAUGUAGAGAGAAAGUAUGUAGUAAUGCUCCAUCUAAUUUUGAAACUAAUUUAUUAUGUGAGGGAUUUCUAGAUAAUAAAUAAUGUUAAAUUAUUGGUUGUAAGUAAGUUUAAUGUGAGGAUUUUCCAUAUAGAAAUGAUGAUACAUGUAAAUAUGCUAUGGAGAAUUUCAAAUGUACAACUAAUGGAUAUGAAUGUAUAGAGAGAGCUAAUUGUGAAAAUGCAUAAUUAGAAGAUGCUUGUACUUUUGAUUAUUAAAUGAAUGAAUGUUAAUGGUUUGAUUAUCCUAUGUAUGAAUGUGUCUAAAAAACAUGUGAGACAGCUCCUAUUGAACUCAUAACUCAUAUUGAAUGUUAAAAAUAUCUCAAAGGAUGUACUAAUAAAAUUGAAGGUGGAUGCACUAAUCUUAAAACAUGUACAGAAAUCAAUACUUAAGAUGGAUGUAAAAUAGAUAUCAAUAAUCAAGAAUGUUUAUGGGAUACUUUUUAUAAAAGAUGUUUUCAUAAUCAAUGUGAAGGAUUUUGUGGAGAUGGCAUGAUUUAAGUACCUAUAGAAGAAUGUGAUGAUGGUAAUUUUUUACCUUAUGAUGGUUGUUAUGAUUGCAAAAUCUAAUGUCCUCUAGGAUGUAAUGAUUGUAAUGGUAAGAUUUGUUAAAAAUGCAAUGAAAUUAAAGGAUAUUAUUAUAAUCCAGUUAUAUAAGAAUGUUAAACAAAAUGUGGAGAUAAAAUUGUUAAUGGAUAAGAAUAUUGUGAUGAUGGAAAUGAUAUUGAAUAUGAUGGUUGUUAUAAUUGUGAAUAUUCAUGCGAUAUCUAUUGUGUUAAUUGUUAUCAAGGAGAAUGCAUUGAAUGUCCUCAAGGAUUUAAUGAAUAGGGUCCAUAUUGUUUAAGUAAAUGUGGGGAUGGAAUCUUAAAUACUAUUUUUGAAGAAUGUGAUGAUGGUAAUAUCAAACCUGAUGAUGGAUGCAAUUAAAACUGUUUCAUAGAACCUAAUUGGAGAUGUAAAGUUAUAUCAUCUCUAAGUGAAUGCUAUUAUCUUGUUUAUCCUAAAAUUGUUCUUACUUUAUUAACAAAACAAACUGAAUAAACUUAGGAAGUAAAAUUGGGUUUUUCUGAAAAAGUCAAAUUAAAUAGUUCUUCAGUUACUUCUGAAGAUUUUCUAAAUUAAAUCAAAGUUAUUAUCACAAACAAAGAUAUUAUUGAUUUUUCAUUUAAUAUUGUACCUAUCAAACCUAUAUCAUAUGAAUUAGAUGAUGCUAGUUAUAGAAUUGCCUUAACUAUUAAAGAAUAGAUUUUGAAACCAAAUCUAAGAGUUAUAAUUAAGUCAAUAUAUUUAGUAAAUUAAUUUGAUAACAUCUUAUUUAUAGAACAAGAAGAUAUAAUUUUAAAUGAUUCUUUUGUAGUAUCUGAAGAAUCAAAAUCUGUAGCUGCUAAUGCGGCAUUUUUAAGUUAACUUAUCAUUUAUUCAGUUUUAGCAUUGGCUAUAGUUUCUUUUCUUAGUGGAAAUUUAGAAAUUUUAUUCAAUUUAAUAGAUGUUUUAUAGUAAUUAUCUUAUAUUAGAUUCAUAAAUAUCAAUUUUCCAUAUCAUUUAGAUUUAUAUUUUGAUGUAUUUAGUUUUGUUACAUUAUAACCUCUACUUGAUUAUGUUUAAUUUAACUCUUUUUUUGAGGAUUAUUUAAAUUUAGAAACUCCAGAAAUAUUUCCUACAGGUAAAUUCAAUAUGUUUGGAGUAAAUGCAUAUUUUGGUGUAAAUUUUUAAAGUUUCUUAAUUUGCAUGGUUGUGGGUUUUGCAAAUUAUUUUAUUGCUACAAUCAUUACAUAUAUAUUAAAAAAACCUACUAUAGGUUGGGGAGAUACUCCAAGUAAAAUUUCGAGAUAUUUUUAUAUGAUAAUUAUGAAAGCAUAUUAAUUACUUUUUUCUACUGCCUUUUCUUAUAUGCAAUAUUUUUUCUUCUCAGGAUUAAUUAGAAUUUUUUUAUCAAACUAUUAUGAUCUAACAUUUUCAGCAUUACUCUAAGUUAUGAAUUUCAAUACAUAAACAACUUUAUUAUAAUGGAGUUCAUUUAUUGCAUCAAUUACAUUGAUAAUGAAUGCAUCAUUAAUAUUAUUAUUUUAUGCUUCAUUAUCAAAGAAAAAUGUAUUCUAAAAAAGAUUAUUUGUAUUAGUUGAUGGAUUAAAUAUUGGAAGAAAUAAAUGGAAUAAAUAAUUUAAUACAGUAACUUUAGUAAAAAAAUUGUGUUUUAUUUACACAUUAAUUUUACUUUAAGAAAAUCCAAUAUUUUAAACUUUAUUAGUUUCCUUUAUCUCUGCAGUUUUUGCUAUUUAUGUUUUAUUAUUACAACCUUUUGAACAUCAAUUUGAAAACUAUAAACUAAUUGUUACUGAAUUUUGUGUAAGUUUCAAUACUUGUUCAUUUUUAGUUUAUUGCUCAAAAGAAAUAUUUGAUAAUAGUGAUAUUUCAAAUAUGCUUGGAUGGUUAAAUGUUUUCAUAUUCAGUUUAAUCUUAACUUUUAGUUUAGCUUUGGAUUCUUAUUCUUAGAUUUUAUAACUAAAAAGAUUAUUUGAUAGAAUGACAAAACCUAAAGUUAUAAAGAAAUAAAUAAAAGUUUAGUCAACUAAAUUGUUCACUAUUGUAGGAGAAAACGAAAUAAAUUUUUGA